AUGGUCUUUACUCGAGGAAUGAUGAAGCGACUUCCAGCCGCCGAAACUAGAAUCAAUGAAGCUGAUAGCAAUGAGACGUUGGCACAGCCAAGGCGUUCGGCUCUCGGCGUCUCGAGAAACAGCACGCAGGCAAUCACUGGAAGGAGUACUCCUGUCUUUGAUGACACAGCUGAAGGUUCCGUCGACGACUAUGCCAAUGCCUUUAGCACCAACACGGGUAGCCACGGUGCCCUUCAACCGAAAAUCAUCAGAGAGGACCAGUCCUCCUCGGCAGGAGCUAGGUUCUCUGACCUACAGACAGCGCAAGCUGCGCAAGUCUCAGAAGCAAGCAGUGAAAGAAAUGCUGAGGCAUUUGAGAGCCGAGAACCACAAGGCUCUGGCCUUUCCACAGAAGAAUCACAGAACCAUUGCGAAGAUAUCCCUUGCCCGCCUCUGACCAAGUCGAAGGCCCGAAAGCGACGCGGCCAUGGAUGGUCUCGAAAGAAAGCUUCGAGGUCGGGUCCAAGUAAAAAUUCUGAAGGCCGUGCUACUCCCACCAGCAAGAAACGCCGAAUAGGCGAAGCGGAUGCGGAAGAUCACGAGCUCAGGCCAAGAAAGCAACAGCGCGUCACUGAGCUAGUUGAAGGACC